AUGGGUCUGGAGUCACACAUACACCAGACCAACACCGUGAGCAUGGAUGAUGAUGCCAAGUGGUUGGAGUGGGUGACUAAGCAGUUCGAUAUUGCUGGCGAGGAUAAGGAGAUUGAUUUGGAAGAAUUCAAGACAGCACUCAAAGUGAAAGAGUCUUUCUUCGCAGAGAGGUUUUUCGCUCUGUUUGACUCUGAUGCGAGUGGCAGCAUAAGCCUGGAUGAAUUAUUGAAGGCUCUGAAUCUUCUCACGCAUGGAAGUGAAACAGACAAGCUACGAUUCCUUUUCCAAGUCUACGAUGUAGACGGCAGUGGCUCCAUCGAUCCUGAUGAGCUACGCACGGUCCUCAAGUCCUGCUUGCGCGAGAGUGCCAUCUCAUUGCCGGAGGAGAAGCUGGAUGACCUGACUCUGGUGCUCUUUGAAUCUGCUGACAAAGAUAACAGUGGCACCAUUACCUUUGAGGAGCUCAAGGAGGAGCUAGAAAACUUUCCAGAAGUAAUGGAGAACUUAACAAUCAGUGCUGCCAACUGGUUAAAGCCACCGACUGCAGAGAAAUACACAAGAAAAACCCCACGGUAUCUGACACCAGCCUACUGGCACAAUAAUAGCCGCAAACUGCUCUUCAUGUGUUGCUAUGUCCUGGUCAACAUCUUGCUUUUUACAUUUAAGAUUAUUUCAGCAAAUUUUAAGGAUUUUUCUACCUUAAAGGUUCUCAUGCUACGUCGGUGUCUGACCUGGUUAAGAGCAACCUGGGUGGUGCGAGUUCUACCACUGGACCAGCAUGUACUCCUGCAUCAGCUCGUGGGAUUUGCCAUAUUUGGACUGAGUAUCGUUCAUACGACCGCACACAUUGUGAACUUUGUGAAAAUGACUCACAAAGAUGGAACCUACCAGCUGUGGGAAUAUCUCCUUACCACAAGGCCAGGAAUCGGUUGGAUUUAUGGAUUGGCAUCCAUUACUGGGAUAACUUUGCAGUUCCUUAUCAUUUUGAUGUUGAUCUGCUCAAGCACGUUCAUUCGCAGGAGUGGACACUUUGAGCUGUUUUAUUGGACUCAUUUGUGCUAUAUUUGGGUCUGGGGUCUGUUGAUCCUUCACUGUCCCAAACUUGGAAAAUGGUUUGUGGCAGCAGGUUUCUUGUUCCUUAUGGAAAAAAUAAUUGGUAUCACGGUAUCACGCAUUGGUGGGACACAGAUUGUGGAGGUCAACUUGUUACCUUCUAAGGUAACCCAUCUAGUAAUCAAAAGGUCAGCAUUCUUCCACUACAAGCCAGGAGACUAUGUAUACCUCAACAUCCCAGAGAUUGCCAAGUAUGAGUGGCAUCCAUUUACAAUCAGCAGUGCUCCGGAACAACAAGACACUAUUUGGCUUCACAUCAGAUCCCUUGGCCAGUGGACCAACCAACUGUACGAAUACUUCCGUCUACCUGGACAACCGGGCAAUGAGCCAAAGAGGCUGACGAGAAACCUGAGGAACAAAAAACACCAGAAAUGUGGACAGGAACAUUUGAUAAACUCAGCUGCCUCUAAUGAUUCAGUAGCAACCAACAAGGAUGAUAAGGUGGAGCUGACAUCAUAUAAACAAGGCCUGCACUGCCGGAGUGAACCCUUGGAAAUCGCUGUCAAGCUGGAUGAUGCAGAUGGAUCUCAACCCAGGGAGGUCUCUACAAGGCUGGGUGAGAAUCAUCAAUACUGCAACAUUAAGUGCUACAUUGAUGGCCCGUACGGGACUCCAACUAGGACAAUCUUUACCUCAGAACAUGCAGUGCUGAUUGGAGCUGGCAUAGGCAUCACCCCAUUUGCCUCAAUUUUACAAAGCAUUAUGUACAGGUAUCGCAUGAGAAAACAAAAUUGUCCUAAUUGUAGCUACUCCUGGUGUGAAAACCUCAAGGAUAAUGAAAUGAGUCUGAGAAAGGUUGAUUUUAUCUGGAUCAACAGAGACCAGAAGUCAUUUGAGUGGUUUGUUAGCCUCCUGACUAAACUGGAGAUGGAUCAGGCAGAUGAGGAACCUCAAGGCAGAUUUUUGGAAAUGCACAUGUACAUGACCUCUGCUCUCAGUAAAAACGACAUGAAGGCUUUAGGUCUACAAAUGGCACUGGAUCUACUAGCGAAGAAGGAGAAACGUGACUCCAUUACAGGCCUGCGCACCAGAACACAACCAGGUCGGCCAGACUGGAGCAAGGUUUUUCAAAGGGUUGCUGAAGAGAAGAAAGGAAAGGUCCACGUAUUUUUCUGUGGUUCUCCUGUUCUGGCUAAAACAAUCAAGGCACAGUGUGAGCAUUUUAGCUUCAAGUUUUACAAAGAAAACUUCCAGUAA